GCUUGGUCUCCCUGGUUUGGAGUAGUAAUGGUGGUACCUAUCUAUUGAUGGUUGUCAAACUUAAUUUCAAGACCUAAUUGUCAAGAACGAGACAUUAUAAAAAGUCCAAGUAAGCAGAAAUACUAUAAAUAAGAGGGGAUUGUUGUCGGUGGAGCAAAAUGUUUCGUAGCACGGGUAACUUUGACAAAUUAUUAGAUAAAGCGACGAGUCAUUUUCAGCUUGAACCUGAUUGGGUUGCGAUUCUCCAGAUUUGUGAUUUAAUACGUCAGGGGGAUGUACAACCUAAAGCAGCACUUGCAGCAAUAAAGAAGAAAGUGACCAAUCCUAAUCCGCACGUGGCUUUAUAUGCGCUAUUGGUUUUAGAAUCUUGUGUUAAAAAUUGUGGUGCAUUUAUUCACGAUGAAAUUGGUACGAAACAAUAUAUGGAACAACUUAAAGACCUAGUGAAGACAACAACGCAUGACAACGUUAAACUCAAAACCUUAGAAUUAAUUCAAACCUGGGCACAUGCAUUUCGAAAUAGUCCUAAGUAUAGAGCAGUGCAAGAUACACUUAAUAUUAUGAAAGCAGAAGGACAUAAAUUUCCUGCUUUGAAAGAAAGCGAUGCAAUGUUUAUUGCUGAUACUGCUCCAGAGUGGGCGGAUGGUGAUGUAUGUCAUCGCUGUAGAGUGCAGUUUGGAGUUAUGCAAAGAAAACAUCACUGUAGAGCUUGUGGCCAAGUAUUUUGUCAAAUGUGUUCAAGUAAAGUAUCUACUUUACCUAAGUUUGGGAUUGAAAAGGGAGUUCGAGUUUGUGAAACAUGUUAUGAUCAGCUCAAUAAACCAUCAACAAUACAAAAUAAAGAAGUAGAUUUACCAGCUGAAUAUUUGAACAGUUCGUUAGCACAACAACAGCAGGUGCCACCUAGGAAAACUGCAGCAGAACUUCAAGAAGAAGAAGAAUUAAACCUUGCUAUCGCUUUAAGUCAAAGUGAAGCAGAACACAAAGAAAAGGAAAAGAAACGGGUCACUAGCAGUGUUUUAAAAUCAAAUACAAACACUAUGAAUAGAACAACAUAUUCUCCGCCACCAUCUCCUGGCCCUAGUCCAUCAAAAUUACAAGAAGAAGAAGAGAUUGAACCUGAACUCGCAAAGUAUUUAAAUCGCAAAUAUUGGGAACAGAGACAAACUGUGAUAGAAGAACAUGCUUCUAGAGCAGAUGUUACCAGCCCUUCGGCUCCUAACAUUAGUAGUCCAAUGCCAGGAAAAAUUAUAGUUGCAAAACAGCAAAAUGGAGAAGUUGACAGCCAAAUGGAAGAGUUUGUUAAUGCAUUGCGUUCUCAAGUUGAAAUAUUUGUGAAUAGAAUGAAGAGCAAUUCAUCGAGAGGAAGAUCAAUUGCCAAUGAUAGUUCUGUUCAAACUCUAUUUUUAAAUAUCACUGCUAUGCAUUCAAGAUUAUUAAGAUACAUUCAAGAACAAGAUGACAGUAGGGUAUAUUACGAAGGUCUUCAAGAUAAAUUGACACAAAUGAAGGAUGCCAGGGCUGCCUUAGAUGCUUUACGAGAUGAACAUAGAGAAAAAUUAAGGCGACAAGCAGAAGAAGCUGAAAGGAAAAAGCAAAUGUUGAUGGCUCAAAAGUUGGCAAUUAUGAGGAAGAAAAAACAAGAAUAUUUGCAAUACCAACGUCAGCUUGCUUUACAAAAAAUUCAAGAACAAGAGAGAGAAAUGCAAAUGAGACAAGAGCAACAAAAGCAGCAGUACAUAAUGGGUGGUUAUCAAGCAGUUUCUGGCUUUAUUGGUCCAUCUCAAGGUUCCCCUGUUCGUCAUGUUCAAUAUCAAGGACCUGGAUCUAACUAUAAUCCUAUGUCUCCUACGAAUCAAGGAUACAUGUAUGGGCAACCUUCUGUGAAACAGUAUCCUAUGCAAGGCUAUAGUAUGCCACAGAUGAAUGCAAUACCGCCACAUAUGAUGGGUCCAUUACCUAAUCAAGAGCAACAGCCAACUGAUCCAUCUGUUCAAGGACACGAAGCCAUGGGAAGAGUUACUGUUUCUGGUCCCGGAAUGAUGUCUCAAAUGACAAAUCCCAUGCCGCAACUGCAACAGACAGGUGGACAUCAAAUGGGACCGCCGCCACCUCAGCAAGGUCCACCAAGUCAUAUGACGCAAUCACAGCCUACAUCAGGACAUAUACCACCGCAGCAAGGAGUGCCUCCGCAAAUGCCGCAGCAGGGACCACCAGGUCAAAUAGGUAUACUUCAAAGCCACAUGGGUCCUCCGCCUGCUCAAGUCGGACCUGGAGCACAUGGUCCACCAGGUCAAGUCGUUGGCCUUCCACAUCAAAUAGGACCACAACAACCAUCUACGUUACCAGGCCCCCAGGGACCUUCAAUUCAGCCUCACGUUUCAAACACUCCUAUUUCGUCCCAAGGUUCAGGAACCAUUCCACCAUCUUCAAGAACUGUUGGACCAAUUUUGACAUCAAAUCAGACGAUGCAAGGUCCUCAGGGACCUGCUGGUUUACCAACGAUGGAAGGCAUGCCUCAAAUCCCAGUGUCUCAGGGACAACAGUUACAAUUCCAACCAGCAGCAUCUCUGCCACCUACAUCAAAUGAAUCUGUACAAGUUAAAGAAGAUUCUAAGCCUGAAACAGCAGAGCUUAUUUCCUUUGAUUGAAAAAAAUUAUAUGCGGAUAAAUAUUAAUCGGUAAUUAAAAGUGCAUUUAAUGCUAGUUUUUUAAUUAUAAAUUUUCAUUUUAUAUUGGCAUUGAUUAUUUUAAUUUUACUCGUAGAAUUUGUUAUAAGCUUUAUCUAAUCGACAAAAACUCAUUUUUUAAAUUUAUUAAUAUAGUUAAAAAGAAAUUAAUUAUAUUGGUGAUAUCUAAUGUAUUUAGUACACAUUCGUUAGGGCAAAUUUCAUAUACGUUGUGCAAUUUUCUAAUAAGCAAUAAAAUAUUAUUUAGAUUACGUUAUUAAUUUCAGAGUAAAUACAUAUACAUAUAUUUUAUAGUGUCCAGUGUAGGAGUCCUAAUUAUCGUAAAACGAUAAACCCGAAGCGUUAACAGAAAGGAGACAGUGUUGAUAUUUAUUUUAAGUUCUAGAAAUUGCUAAUACACGUAAUGUACAAAGUGAAGUAGCUAACAUGUUAUAAAACAAUAAUGCUCAAAUAUUUGUCGAUACAAAUAAAUGUUUCAAGUAAAAGUUAAAAGAUCCGAAGGGGAAAACGAAGGAAAACUCCUAUUUAAAGCUUUUUAUUACCAUAAAUGACGUUGUAUGACAGCCUAUUAAACUCGUCUCAACGUCAGCAUUCCUAAUGUGGAAAAAAUCCUAUGGUUACAUUUAAACAAAAACGGUGACCCUGACACAGCCUCAGCACCUGUAUCAAAACAAAAAAUAGCAAUCUCGUUUGAUAAUUCUCUUCGAAUCUUCUAACUUUUACCUGCAAAGUUUUUUUUGUAUCGACGAUUGUUUGAGCAUUAUUGCUUUGUAACGCGUUAGUUGCUCCAUCCUGUAUACACAUUUUAAAUACAGGAUUUUUUUGCAUAAUUGCUAAUGAAAGUUCUUUGUAAUGUUUAACUAACAGAAACAAACUUCCACUACAUAUAGAUAUGUAUGUUAGAUGAAAAUGUAUAUACAAAAUACUUAUACGUUACAUAGUAUAGAGGAACAAAAGAAAAUUAGUUUCGCCAAUACCUGACCUUUUGUCAAAUAUAAUGUACCUUGUUUUCUCACAAGAUUAAUUAUAAGAUGUUAACUCCUCUAUUAAAAGUAUCAUGAAACAUGA